GGCGAGUUGGUAGGCUGUUGUAUUUUCGUGGUUCAUGAGCAUUGCAACACACGUGCCGAUGGAGGGUGGCAGCAACGAGGGAUGUGCGAAGUUGACGACGAUCGAGAAGACGGCUGUGGCGGCGGCCGUGACGGCCGUGCUCUUUCGUUGUCAACAGGAGAGGGCAUUGGGCAAAAUGAGAGUGCAGAUCCGUGCGCAGAGGAGGAAGACGCUUCAUCAAGUCCCGGUCGAAGGGUUGGAUACCGUGGCCAUCACCAAGGCUGCAGUGCAGGUUUGCUGCGCCAAGGGUUGCAAUGUUCUUCCACGAGCGACGCCGAGGUGGUGGAUGAAAAGGAGGAAGGGGGGGGCAUGGGAGGAUUUUGGGCAAUGCGAUGAUGCGACGGAGGAGCACUUCUGGGAGAAGCUGUGUAUGUCGCCACGUGUCUUUCGGGCGAUGGCGAUUGCAUCCAGUGUGGACGAACGCCCGCGGGAUGCGCUGCCGAUGUCAAUGUCGACUGCAGUCGGUGCCGAUCCCUCGUCUUCGCUGCUGGAGGACUUCGAUAGAGGUCGACCAUCAAUGAUAGAGGAAGCACACGUGGGACAGGAGGACCACGACAAGCAAAAUUGUGACUACGAGCAGCAGUGACAACCUUCAAUAGAGGUCGGCCAUCAACAACACGUACGACAGGGCCGUAAUUCUAUGACGACUGUGAAGGUCCACCGAAC